AUGGCGUCUUCUGUGGGCAACGUGGCCGACAGCACAGAACCAACGAAACGUAUGCUUUCCUUCCAAGGGUUAGCUGAGUUGGUACCUCGAGAGUAUCAGGCAGGAGAUUUUGAGGCAGCUGAGAGACACUGCAUGCAGCUGUGGAGACAAGAGCCAGACAAUACUGGAGUACUUUUAUUACUUUCAUCUCUACACUUCCAGUGUCGAAGGCUGGACAGAUCUGCCCACUUUAGUACUCUGGCAAUUAAACAGAACCCUCUUCUGGCAGAAGCCUAUUCGAAUUUGGGGAAUGUGUACAAGGAAAGAGGGCAGUUGCAGGAGGCAAUUGAGCAUUACCGGCAUGCAUUGCAUCUCAAACCAGAUUUCAUCGAUGGUUAUAUUAACCUGGCAGCCGCUUUGGUAGCAGCAGGCGACAUGGAAGGGGCAGUACAAGCUUACGUCUCUGCUCUUCAGUGCAAUCCUGAUUUGUACUGUGUUCGCAGUGACCUGGGGAACCUGCUCAAAGCCCUGGGUCGCUUGGAAGGAGCCAAGGCAUGUUAUUUGAAAGCAAUGGAGAUGCAACCGAACUUUGCAGUAGCUUGGAGUAAUCUUGGCUGUGUUUUCAAUGCACAAGGGGAGAUUUGGCUUGCCAUUCAUCACUUUGAAAAGGCUGUCACGCUUGACCCCAAUUUUCUGGAUGCUUAUAUCAAUUUAGGAAAUGUCUUGAAAGAGGCACGGAUUUUUGACAGAGCUGUGGCAGCUUACCUUUGUGCCCUAAGCUUGAGCCCAAAUCAUGCAGUGGUACAUGCCAACCUGGCUUGUGUAUACUAUGAGCAAGGCCUGAUGGAUCUGGCAGUAGACACCUACAGGCGAGCUAUUGAAUUGCAACCACAUUUCCCUGAUGCUUACUGCAACCUAGCCAACGCCCUGGAAGAGAAGGGCAGUGUUGCCGAAGCAGAAGAGUGUUAUAAUACAGCUCUGCGGCUGUGUCCCACCCAUGCAGACUCUCUGAAUAACCUAGCCAAUAUCAAAGGAGACCAGGGAAACUUUGAAGAGGCAGUUCGCUUGUAUUGUAAAGCAUUAGAAGUCUUCCCAGAGUUUGCUGUUGCCCAUUCAAAUUUAGCAAGUGUAUUGCAGCAGCAGGGAAAACUGCAGGAAGCUCUGAUGCAUUAUAAGGAGGCUGUUCGAAUCAGUCCUACCUUUGCUGAUGCCUACUGUAACAUGGGAGACACUCUAAAGGAGAUGCAGGAUGUUCAGGGAGCCUUGCAGUGUUAUACUCGUGCCAUUCAGAUUAACCCUGCACUUGCGGAUGCCCACAGCAAUCUGGCUUCCAUUCACAAGUAUUCAGGGAAUAUUCCAGAAGCAAUUGCUUCUUAUCGCACUGCUCUGAAGCUUGAACCUGAUUUUCCUGACGCUUAUUGUGAUUUGGCUCAUUGCCUGCAGAUUGUCUGUGAUUGGACAGACUAUGAUGAGCGAAUGAAGAAGUUGGUCAGCAUUGUGGCUGACCAGCUGGAGAAGAAUAGGUUGCCUUCUGUGCAGCCUCAUCAUAGUAUGCUCUAUCCUCUUUCUCAUGGCUUCAGGAAGGCUAUUGCUGAGAGCCAUGGGAACCUCUGCUUGGAUGAGAUCAGUGUCCUUCAUAAACCACCGUACGAACAUCCAAAAGACUUGAAGCUCAGUGAUGGUCGACUGCGUGUAGGAUACGUGAGUUCUGACUUCGGGAAUCAUCCUACUUCUCAUCUUAUGCAGUCUAUUCCAGGCAUGCACAAUCCUGAUAAAUUUGAGGUAUUCUGUUAUGCCCUGAGCCCAGAUGAUGGCACAAACUUCCGAGCGAAGGUGAUGGCAGAAGCCCAUCAUUUCAUUGAUCUUUCUCAGAUUCCAUGCAAUGGGAAAGCAGCUGAUCGCAUCCAUCAAGACGGUAUACACAUCCUUGUAAAUAUGAAUGGUUAUACCAGGGGUGCUCGAAAUGAACUCUUUGCUCUCAGGCCAGCUCCUAUUCAGGCAAUGUGGCUGGGCUACCCUGGGACCAGUGGCGUGCUUUUCAUGGAUUAUAUCAUCACUGAUCAGGAAACUUCACCUGCUGAAGUUGCUGAGCAGUAUUCUGAGAAACUGGCUUAUAUGCCCCAUACUUUCUUUAUUGGUGAUCAUGCUAAUAUGUUCCCUCACCUGAAGAAGAAGGCAGUCAUCGAUUUUAAGUCCAAUGGGCACAUUUAUGACAAUCGGGUUGUGCUGAAUGGCAUCGACCUCAAAGCAUUUCUUGAUAGUCUCCCAGAUGUGCAGAUUGUCAAGAUGAAAUGUCCUGAUGGAGGAGACAACGCAGACAGCAGUAAUACGGCUCUUAAUAUGCCUGUCAUUCCUAUGAAUACUAUUGCAGAGGCAGUUAUUGAAAUGAUUAACAGAGGACAAAUUCAGAUAACAAUUAAUGGAUUCAGUCUUAGCAAUGGACUGGCAACUACCCAGAUCAACAUUAAGGCUGCCACUGGAGAGGAGGUUCCCCGUACCAUUAUUGUAACCACACGUUCUCAGUACGGGUUACCGGAAGAUGCCAUUGUGUACUGUAACUUCAAUCAGUUAUAUAAAAUUGACCCAUCUACUUUGCAGAUGUGGGCAAAUAUUCUGAAGCGUGUUCCCAAUAGUGUGCUGUGGCUGUUGCGUUUUCCAGCAGUAGGAGAACCUAAUAUUCAACAGUAUGCACAAAAUAUGGGCCUUCCCCAGAAGCGUAUCAUUUUUUCACCUGUUGCUCCUAAAGAGGAACAUGUUCGGAGAGGCCAGCUGGCUGAUGUCUGCUUGGACACUCCACUCUGUAAUGGACACACCACAGGGAUGGAUGUCCUUUGGUCAGGGACACCCGUGGUGACUAUGCCAGGAGAGACUCUUGCUUCCCGAGUUGCAGCUUCCCAGCUCACUUGUUUAGGCUGUCUUGAGCUUAUUGCUCAAAAUAGACAAGAAUAUGAAGACAUAGCUGUGAAACUGGGAACUGAUCUAGAAUACCUGAAGAAAAUUCGUGGCAAAGUCUGGAAGCAGAGAACAUCUAGCCCUCUGUUCAACACCAAACAAUACACAAUGGACCUAGAGCGGCUCUAUCUACAGAUGUGGGAGCAUUACGCAGCUGGCAACAAACCUGAUCACAUGAUUAAGCCUGUUGAAGUCACUGAGUCGGCCUAAAUAAUGACUGUGUGCACAGGAGAAUUACCCUGUACCUGAGCCUCAACCUUCUGGGGGAAAGGGAACUACUUUUUCCUUAUCUGUACAAUACCAUGCUGCAGAUGGGUGACAGACAAUGAUAAGAAAUAGCACAGCCAGACUUGCUUCCUGCAUGAUCAUGAUCACGAUAGGGAGAGACACAAGAGAUGGGAAACUGCUGUUCCACAAGGAGUCUCCAUAGAAUUUUGCAGCAGCCAGGUGUCUGGAAGGUCUGGAAGUGAGUCCUGUUCUACCUUUUUCUUUCAGCAGAAAUGAAAUCCCAGGUAAGUAUAAGUAUUCAAAUAUUUGAUCAGUAAGUCACAGUUAUCUCCAGUACAUUAAAUAACUUUCAUCAAAAAACAUGUUAUAGGUAAAAAGCUCUGAAGGACCAGCUAUGUAUAUGAUAAUUAUGUUUCAGACCUUCUAGGGUAUUAUAUAUAAUAACUUGUCUUCUGGACGUGGUCUUGAAGUCUUUAUGGAUUCAGUCUCAGUAGUAGCGAACUGCACUGCUACUUGGUUUGGAGUACAAAUUAGACUUUAGCCCUCCUGGAGGUUGAGUUUUUGGUAUUGAAAACCAUAGGAAUGAAACUAUUGUAUUUCAACAAAGGAUCGAGGGCUUGAGGCUUAAACAAGGCAACAUACGUGUGGGAAGCAGUCAGCCUUGAGGGCAGGUAAGGACAUGCCAGGCAUGCGGCCGCUGCUCGAAGGGACUGUCCCUACUUGUUCCCCUCCUUGUUCCAUUCCAUGGGAGAUAAAUCACCAGGGCCCAGAGAUCAGAAAGAAUGUAAAAUGAGACAAGCAAAGCUGUCUCCCCCCUGCACAUGCAGGUUAUUUUUGAUGCUUCUGGGUUUAUGGGUUUCCUCCCAGGGAAGUUAACCUUGAGCCGAGACAGUCUGUAGAUAAUGUAAACCACCAUCUGGCAACCUUCCGAUUUCUAGUCUAUAUAAUCUGCAACUGUAGCAUAAUAAAAUUUGCCUUGCAACCAUCAGUUGUCUUGGUCCUUCUGACCCCAUCCGUCGGUGCUACUUCAGUUCCUUACCCCUUCCCUUCUGACCCUGGGCGGUGAGAUCCUCUUUCUCCGGCUGGUCCGCGGCAAGUGGCACUCGAACAGGGACCUGAAGCGUGAAGGCAAUUGAAAGAAAAAGAAAGUGCAGGUAAGAGAACCCUUAUGCAAAAUAUGUGUGGCCACCAGUAAAAGUGAAACGAAUAGAGGCAUAAGGCAAUAGUCAGAAGUAAAAUAAGAUGGGGCAAAAGGGCUCAAAGAUGUAUGAAUUAUUUGCUCAGGUUUUACUUUUGAUGCUUAGAGCUCGGGGUAAUAAAGUUUCUGAACUUUAUUGUUGACUGAAUUUUUACAGCAUAUCCAUGGUGUAUCUCCCUGGUUUCCUGAUGGCGGCUCUGUUGACAUAGAAAUCUGGCAGAAAGUUGGAGAAGAUUUAAAAAAUUAUUACGAGUCUCGAGGGCCUACUCAUACUCCUGUUGUUACAUAUAGUUUGUGGAAUCUGAUAAAAAUAUGUUUAGAUUCUUCUCAUGAUAGUGUUGAUUUGAAUGUAAAGUCAGAAAAACAUAAGCCUCUGACAGAAGGAGAGACUGUAUUAUCAGCUACUGUGUCGCCACUUCCUAAACCGAAAGAGCUAAUUAAUUUAAAUAGUUUAGAUGAAGAGGAACAUUUUGACUUAACAGAUGAGGCUUGUAAACAUAAAAGAGAGAAAUAUCCUGAGGAUGAUUUUCUAAUGGCUGUGAUAGAGAAGUCAGUGAAAAAGCUGCAGGUUAAUAAGGACUGUCUUCCUCAAAAAUCCACAUCUGUAAAAAUGCUGAGUCCCUUGCAGCGCACUGUACAAGGAGCAAUAAAACGAGGAGAAGAUCCUAUUUUCUGUUGUCCCGUCAUAGAAAGACCUGAUCCUAAUAAUCCUCAACAAGCUACUAGGGAGCAUCAGGCUCUCCCUUUGAAAGUUUUGAAAGAUUGAAAAUCUGCCUGUGCUCAAUAUGGGCCCACUGCUCCUUUUACUACUGCUAUGGUUGACAGGAGAAGCUCUUCCCCCCGCUGAUUGGAAGUCUAUUGCACGAGCUUGUUUAAAUGGUGGAGAUUAUUUAAUAUGGAAGUUUGAUUUUUAUGAACGGGCUGCUGAACAAGCAGAAAAGAAUGCUGCCCAUAAUAUUCCAGUUGAUUAUCAUAUGCUGAUUGGGGAAGGACAAUAUCUUUCUUUACAAGAUCAAUUAACUUAUCCCUUUGUUGCUUAUCCUCAAAUAAAUCAUUUGGCAUUACAAGCCUGGAGGAAAUGACCUUCUACACACAAAACUGAAGAUCUUUCAAAACUUAGACAGGGACCUGAUGAACCAUAUGCUGAUUUUGUAGAUAGGUUGUCACAGGCGGUGGGGAGACUCAUUGUGGACGGACUCACUGGUACGAUUGUAGUUAAGCAACUUGCUUUUGAAAAUGCUAAUAAUGAGUGUCAGGCUGCGAUUCGACCUUGGAGAAAACGGGGAACAUUGGAGGAUUAUAUUCACCUUUGUGCAGACAUUGGGCCUACUUAUAUACAGGGUACUGCUGUGGCUGCAGCAUUAACUAAAGUGGGGUUUAAAAACAAUCAAAAGAAAACAAAGACUUGUUUUAAAUGCGGAAAGGCAGGUCCUUUUGCUAGAGAAUGUAGAUCUUUUAAUUCUAACCCUAGUCCUUCCUUCCCUACUCAAAAACCUCCAGAUGGUCAGAAAAUCCCUGGUUUAUGCCCUAAAUGCAAUAGGGGAAAACAUUGGGCACAAGAUUGUUGCUCAGUGGCCCACAAGGAUGGGCCACCACUGUCGGGAAACUCUUCCCAGGGCCUUCCCCGGCCCCAACAAAUAAUAAGCGCAAUGUCUGUGUAUCCUCCUCAAAUUAUCAAUCAGACAUUAACCAAAAACAAAAACAUACAAUAUCCUCGCUCUCCAGAGCAACACCAGGAAGCGCAGGACUGGAGCUCAGUACCUCCGCCCGAUAUGUAUUAACUCCUGAAAUGGGUCCUCAGGCCCUCUCUACGGGCAUCUGUGGACCUUUACCCAAGGGUUUGAUGGGACUAUUAUUGGGAAGAAGUAGUGUCACCAUGAAAGGUUUAACUGUUAUGCCAGGAGUCAUAGAUUCUGACUACGAAGGAGAAAUAAAAGUCAUGGCACAAACUAUUAAAAAUAUAAUAACUAUUUCUCCUGGUGAUAAAAUUGCACAAUUGCUACUUUUGCCCUUUGUACCUCAUGGACAAAUUUUACAUCA